GGAGAGAGGGAAUUUUCCGUGACAGGGAUGCACACGCAAAGUUUGCUGUAAACCCUGAUUCACUAUAACGGAAGACGAGGACGUCUACCUUCAUCUCACAACCUCGUUUUCUUCUUUUCAAAGGUGUAUACCUCCCACCCUGCCCCACCACGGCCCUCACCUGUGUGUUGCGGUGCUUCCCCUGUGAGCCGACCUGGGCCGGCAGCCCAUUCUUGCACCGCCCGCCAACCCGGCCCAUGGUCACCAUGACGCGCUCCAAAACCUUCCAGGCCUACCUGCCCAGCUGCCAUCGCACCUACAGCUGCAUCCACUGCAGGGCACACCUUGCCAACCAUGACGAGCUCAUCUCCAAGUCUUUUCAAGGAAGUCAGGGUAGAGCAUAUCUGUUCAACUCUGUGGUGAACGUGGGAUGUGGUCCUGCAGAGGAGAGGGUUCUGCUCACAGGGCUCCAUGCAGUUGCAGACAUCUACUGUGAAAACUGCAAAACUACACUGGGGUGGAAAUAUGAACAUGCCUUUGAGAGCAGUCAGAAGUACAAGGAGGGCAAGUUCAUCAUCGAGCUCGCCCACAUGAUCAAGGACAACGGCUGGGACUGAGCGAGUGUCCGGGCGAGACGAAGUGGAUGACGGGUGGAUGGUGAAUGUGUGGGUGAAUGACUGACUUUGGUUUGCCAUUACCCUCUUAAACCCUGUUCUACCCUGUUCUCCUGCUGACACACACAUCCCUUGUCUUGGGGAUCAAGAGAGGAGGCCGUCCCAGGGGGGUUUUGUGUGUCUGGAGGAGAGCAUGAGCGUGUAUGUGGCUGCCACCGGUACACGGGAGCACACUGAGAUACAUGAAAGCAUACACAAGGUGUACAGACAUACAUGUGUACAGACAACAGCACACAUGCAUACACUAGGGCUUGCACGACUACUCAUUUUUACUAGUCGACUAGUAUGCAGGUCAGUGUUUACCUCAUGUAAUCAUGCACAGUGCAGCAUCUGUGGUCUUUGCUGUGUCCGCACAGCUGAUAUGAUGCUGGUGAGAAAGCAAGCUUAUCCAAUGUGCCCAAUUGGUGUGUACAUGCCCAGUUGUCAUGUAAACCUGGGUGUUUCUUAUGUUGUCAGGUUUGUUUAAUAAGCUGAUUGUUGAUAGUUAUUAGAGUAUCGGUGUGCAUGUAAAUGCACUCACUCUCAUAAAAAGUGCAAAAACUUAUUGUAAAAAAUAAUGCAAUUUCCCACUCACGUAUAGUUUCUGUUAGCCUGUGGCUGCAGAUUAAUUUGUUUCAGGGUAGUUCGCAAGAACUUUGUCUUGUAUUUUAUCUUGCACUCUAAAUGGACUCAAACCAUCUCAGAUGUCAACUUGUAAGGUGCUUUGUGAAUGCAAAAUGCUUUUUUAUGUCUUUUUAUUUAGUAUAUUUUCAAAUAUACAGGGUUCCUGUGGUCAUGGAAAACCUGGAAAUAUCAGGGAAUUUAAGGAUUCUGUUUUGCAGGCCUAGAAAAAUCAUGGAAAUUAAUAAACUCAUGUCACAGGUCAUGGAAAAGACAUGGAAAAUUCUAGAAAAAACAAUAUUUUUUCUUCAUAUUGCUC